UGGGGUGAGGGCGGAGCCUGCAAGUAUUGGCACCUAUCAGACCCGCCUCCUCUCUUUCUGUGGACCCUGAAGGAUCCACCAAAGAUUGAAAGCCCCCAUUUCUGGUCUGGGUAUCUAGAUCAUAUCAUGGCUGCUACUGGACAGAAGUUGAUGCGAGCCAUCAGAGUUUUUGAAUUUGGUGGACCAGAAGUCCUGAAAGUCUGUUCAGAUAUUGCAGUACCUGUUCCAAAAGAUAAUCAGGUUCUGAUCAAAGUCCAUGCCUGUGGUGUUAACCCAGUGGAAACAUACAUUCGCACUGGAACUUAUAACAGAAAACCAUCCUUACCCUAUACUCCUGGUUCAGAUGUGUCUGGGGUUAUAGAAGCUGUUGGAGAUAAUGUAUCUACUGUCAAGAAAGGUGACAGAGUAUUCACCACCAGCACCAUCACUGGGGGCUAUGCAGAGUAUGCUCUUGCGUCAGACCAUACUGUUUAUACGCUGCCAGAUAAAAUGGACUUCAAGCAAGGAGCUGCCAUCGGUAUCCCAUAUUUUACUGCUUAUCGAGCUCUGAUGCACAGUGCCCGUGUAAAAGCUGGAGAAAGUGUUCUGGUUCAUGGGGCUAGUGGAGGAGUUGGCCUAGCAGCAUGUCAGAUUGCUAGAGCACAUGGUUUAAAGGUUUUGGGCACUGCUGGGACGGAAGAAGGACAAAAUAUUGUUCUGAAAAAUGGAGCCCAUCAAGCAUUUAAUCACAGAGAAGUUAACUAUGUUGAUAAAAUUAAGAAAUACGUUGGUGAAAAAGGAAUUGAUGUGGUUAUUGAAAUGUUAGCUAAUGUCAAUCUCAGUAAAGAUUUGAGUCUUCUGUCAUGUGGAGGACGAGUAAUAAUUGUUGGCAGCAGAGGUCCUAUUGAAAUAGUACCACGGGAAACCAUGGUGAAGGAAUCUAGCAUCAUUGGAGUUUCUCUCUAUUCAUCAACCAAGGAGGAAUUUCAGCAAUAUGCAGCUGCCCUUCAUGCUGGAAUGGAAAUUGGAUGGUUGAAACCUGUGAUAGGUUCUCAGUAUCCACUGGAGAAGGUUGCCCAGGCUCAUGAAAAUAUCAUUUAUGGCAGUGGGACCACUGGAAAAAUGAUUCUUCUCUUACAGUGAUUUCUUUCAUGUAUUUCCUGUGUAAUUAGAGAUUUUUCUUAUCCUGGUUUUACUUUCACUACCUUUAAAUAUCAAUCAUCUAUUUCAGUGAGAUUCUUAUAUUAAAAACAAGAUUAAUCGUAAGAGCAGAGACAAUGGAGUAUACGUAGUAUACGUCAUAGCAGGAAGUAUUCUUUAUACCUUCAGUUUUGAAUUAAGGAAUCAUUAUAGUAGAAUAUAGAGCAUUAGUGGACAUUUGGCACUGGGUACAUUGUAGAAAUUCCUGGUACUUGAUCAUUAAUUCCAUAUCUAUGCCUAAAACAAUAAUUCAAAAUAAAAUAACUUGAUUUCUAAGUCUACUUCUUCUUAUAAAGCUCUCUGGUUAACUUAGAACUAUAUUAGACUCAGAGUAUUUUCUGAACCAGAAGUAAUCCAUUUUCCUAAAUAAUCCCUUCUGUGUUUAUAAGUUCCUUGGAAGAACUUAAGUCAACAAUGUCCAGAUAAAUUUAUUAAUUUUCCUUUUUGGAGCUUCACUCAGUGUGAAUGGACAUUUGCUAUUAUAAUAGUUGAUUUUCAGUUUCACAUUUUUAUUUGUGAAGACAGCCUCGUCUUUGGAAUAAUAUAAUACUAAGUAUAUAUAGAUGUUUCUUGAGUGAUUAAAUUUUCAAUUUAUAUUUAAGUGUUUCUUGAUUAGGUCACAUUUUUAGAUUAAACAAAUUUGACGCCUUCAGUUCUUUUACUUCAUAUUAUGGUAAUUUGCAAUAAAUUCUACAGAAAGUAAGAACUA